AUGAAGCGGGCUAACUACAUCACCAGUACCUACAGCUCUCUCGCCGGUGCGGGGAUGUCCAACCCAACUCCGCCAGCAAAUCCGCAUCCGCCGCUCCAAUACAACUUCCAACCCCAAGGCGGUAGUCCAACUGCGCAACUCACACCGAACAGCUACCCUGCGCCACCAUUCAUCGACUACGGAGGAAAUCUGCUCGGCGCUCCCAAUUACAACUACCCGCCGGCAAAUUAUCCGUCCGGGUACUUUAACCAGCAGCAUACCUGGCCGGAGGAUCCUCCAUACUCUUCCUCUGACCCAUACGUCAGCGGACCCCCCGCAUAUCACUACCCAUCCGUCCCAUCCUAUCCCGUCGGUAAUUCCGCGCCUGAUCCUGGCGUCCGCCGGUGUGCGCGGUGCGGCGCCACGAGUACACCCCUCUGGCGGCGCGAGCCCGGGACCCAGCGCUCGCUGUGCAACGCCUGUGGCCUUUACGCCCAGCAACGGCAUCAGGAUCGCCCUCAGGCGCUCAUCGACGCCGAUGCCGCCGAGCUCGCUGCCCCGGAGGGCCCCGUUGACGGCCCGACCUGCACGCACUGCGGCACGCAGCGCACAAGCGUGUGGCGGAGAAACAAGAAUAGCGAGCUGGUGUGCAACGCCUGCGGCUGCUAUGAACGUCUGAAUGGCAGACCACGACCGGUCGAACUCCGUACGAAUCGCGUCAAGCCGCGUGCAAAACAGCCCUAA